AUGUCCGGACUCAACAUCCAAGACAUCUCGGUAGCCGUAAUGGCCCAAAGAGACCCUCAGACUCAGAGUGAAGAGACGGGAACUCAGCCGACCUUGGCGGAACCACCCAACCCAACGGUAGAAGAAGGGAUUGAACCCGAAGCGGCCAACCAGUCAAACGGCCCACCGGCCAAGACGACCAAGGUAACCACCAAAGCAAAAACCAGUAAGCCCACGACCAGAGCAGCAGCGAAACUGUCCAGCACUGCAGCCCAGAAGACCCAAGCCUUGGGAGGUGAAGCGGCCAGAGAGGCAGAGCUAGACCACGAAAUCGUAGUGGCUCUUGAAUCCCCAAAAGUUGCCGAGACACGCGCUGUCCCAAAAGAACCGGGAAUGGAGGGGCCCCCGGUGAAUCAAGCGGAAAUCAACAAGCUCGCCAAGGCGGUGCUCUUGGAGAAGGCGAUCAAAGCUCAAAACGCCGGAGAAGACGCCAAAGCAGACAGGUUCUUUGAGCUCUAUGACAAGAUAGCCUCGGAGGUUAAGCCAGGACAGGUCCUACCGCCAGAGGGUAGUGCCUACAAGGGCAGGAACUACAUCCCGAAUUAUGUCAAGCCAAGCGCAAACAAGAGAGGCCCCCGCGAUCAGUAG